AUGCAAAACAUCUCAUUUAUGGUGCAAAACACCCCAGUUGGAAGAACAAGAGUUUCAGAAUCUAAAGAGGUUAUGGAAAGUAUCAGUAACCUCUCAAGAUCUUCGGAUGAUUGGCAAUAUAUGGGGAUCGACUGUCUUCUGUUACUUCUUCAUGUCAGAUUAACUUAUCGCCCAAUAUCUGUUGAAACUGGAGUCAUUGCUCAGGCAUAUGGUUCAGCAAGAGUGAAGAUGGGUAAAACUGAAGUCAUACCUUUGACUUGUCGUCUCAACUUGUUGACCAUAUCAAACAUCACUGCUGGAAACAAGGAGCAGAUUCAGUAUUUACAUCUCAAAAGCUAUAUAUUUAUUGAUAAUAAAAUGGUGGAUGCAGAUGGAGAAGGGUUGGAGAAGAUUCAGAAUUUACAGAGUCAUGAUAACAAUGAGAUUUAUGAGAAAGCAGUGAAGCUUCUUGAGACUUAUUGGUUGGAGGAAGUGGAUGAUGCUAUUCCACUUGGCGAUGCAGUUGCAACUCAGCCUCCUGCUGGUUUCCAUUUUGGAGAUGGUGAUUUUCCGUUCCUUCUGGUGGAUUCAACUUUAACUGAGAAGUCUACAUUAGGAAGACCAAGUUGUUCAACCCCUGACAAAGGAAACGUUUCUGUAUACAUCGAUUGCAGUCCCACAGCAGCACCACAAUACAAGGCUUCUAGUUUUGGUUCAAAUGGACGUUCUUCGAUUGUUUCUUCAUUCGAAACACCGUAUCCCCAAAACCCUUUAGGAAAGUCUAAUCUUCCAGGGUAG